AUGCCGAGCCAUUUCAAGUUUAAGGAGUACUGCCCGAUGGUUUUCCGAAACCUGUGGGAGAGGUUUGGAAUCGAUGAUCAGGACUUCCAGGCCAAAGAACUGCCAACUUUAAAGGAUAAUAAUUUCAUUAAUGAGGGCCAAAAGAUUUAUAUUGAUGACAACAAAAAGGUGUUCCUGGAAAAACUGAAAAAGGAUGUUGAGUUUCUUGCCCAGCUGAAGCUCAUGGACUACAGCCUGCUGGUGGGAAUCCACGAUGUGGAGAGAGCCGAACAGGAAGAGGUGGAGUGUGAAGAGAAUGAUGGGGAAGAGGAGGGAGAGAGCGAUGGCGCCCACCCUGUCGGAACCCCUCCAGACAGUCCCGGAAAUACGCUCAACAGCUCCCCACCCUUGGCUCCCGGGGAGUUCGAUCCAAACAUUGAUGUUUAUGGAAUUAAAUGCCAUGAAAACUCACCUAGGAAAGAGGUGUACUUUAUGGCAAUUAUUGACAUUCUGACUCAUUAUGAUGCAAAAAAGAAAGCUGCCCACGCUGCAAAAACCGUUAAACAUGGCGCUGGUGCGGAGAUCUCGACCGUGAACCCAGAACAGUAUUCAAAGCGCUUUUUGGACUUUAUUGGCCACAUCUUGACGUAACCUCCUGCACCGCCUCGGACAGACAGGAGCAUGGGAAGGACAGGGGUGGCUUCCGUGUAGGAAACAUGAAAACCAAACUCAGUGAAGUACACCUCCUCGUUUACAUCUUCAGGCCAAGAUGACUGAUUUGGGGGCUACUCGCUUUAACAGCUACCUGAUAUUUCCCAGCAUCGUUCUAGCUAUUUCUGACGUGUGUGUGUGUGUGUGUGUG